CUCGCAAAGUAUUUCGGGAAGCGGGAAAUUACAAUCGUCUACGGGCGGCUUAAUUAAACUAUCUCUUCUGCUAUUUCCUCUGCAAGGUAAAGACAGAAAUCUUUAAAAUGGAAGGAAAACCGACUGUUUGCGCAAAUAUCCCGGAAGAAUGGUGUAAACAAACUGCGAUCGGUACAGAUAACUCGAAAGAAGUUCACCAGAAGAUUAGAGUUCUCAACUUUCAUGCCAAAAUAGAAAAGCAUGCAACAUCUAUUGAUGAAAGUUCAGCAUCAGUGUUAAAGUACAGAACACCAAAUUUUAGAGUCAGUGCAACAAUAGAGAUGUCACCAAUGAAUGACACACAGAUGUGGAAAGUAGGCUGGAUCCAAGCUUGUACAGACAUGAUGUUUCAUAACACCUAUGGGGAUGAAGGAUUCACAAGCUGGGAGUUUCCAGAACUGACUAGUGGUCAGCAGUCAAUGAUAAGCGAUUGUGAUGGUCAUCAUUAUCCUUGGUAUGGAUCUCGUAAUGAGACCGUCAUCUUCGAAGGACCAUGCAAGAUGUACCAGUCAGCUACCAUUGCCAUGAAUGACAACUUCCAUCCUCAUGUCACAUGGAGAAACCCUGCCAAUCGCAACCAAACUGUACCCAAUCUCACUCAUAUUUGCAGAAAUCAGACAUUUUAUGUCUGGCUGGUAGCCUGGAAUAUGUCUGAUCACAAGGCAUACAUUCUGAAGACAGUGCGUUGGAAUAUGUUCUUAGAAAUAGCUGUAGAUCCCACCAAGCCCCAGGGUCAAAGAGCCAAGUUGAUCAGUAACCCCAUUCCAAAACAACCUGAUGUGCUGGAAAACAAAAUUCCAAUACCACGUUGUGCUUUGAUGCCUCCAAAUGCAAAUAGUGCUCAAGUUUUGAUCUGGAGACCAAAGAGGGGUCCAGAAGUGCUUAUCAUUCCCUCAGUGUGGAAGAAAGAUAAACCAUUGGAGGAACAAGUCAUCCGUUUUGACAGCAAGCUUUGCAAGCUGUGAUGCAAACAUUUUAUCAUCAGGGCAAUUUUCAGUCUGUGAUAUGCCAUUUUAGAAUUUUUUUUUCUUUCUAUAUCAUAUUCUUUUGUAUGAAAUUUUUACUGCAUGCAGGGCAUAUAUAUACUAAAAUUUUGAUAGCAUAUAUAAUAAAUAAAUUGUGCAUGAUGUU